AUGGGUUCUGUUGAUAAAACUUUGUUUCUCCUCAAGCAAGGCACUGACACUCUUUUGGUUCAGAUAUACGUGGAUGAUAUCAUUUUCGGUGGCUCUUCUCAUGCACUUGUUGGCAAGUUUGCAGAAACUAUGAGCAGGGAAUUUGAGAUGAGCAUGAUGGGCGAGUUGACGUUCUUUCUUGGUUUGCAAAUCAAGCAAACUAGAGAAGGGACAUUUGUGCACCAAGGCAAGUACACCAAGGACGUACUCAAGAAAAUUGAUAUGGGCGAGGCCAAGCCUCUCUCGACGCCCAUGUCGACCACGACGGCCCUGGAUGCAGAUGAAGAAGAAGUUGUGGACCAGAAGGAGUACCGAAGCAUGAUCGCGUCGCUAUUGUACCUGACGGCGACAAGACCGGACAUCCAGUUCGCGCUUCCUCCUCUCUUUCUCUUUGCGGCUAUUCUGAUGCAGAUUAUGCCGGCUGCCGUGUUGAGCUUCGCGAUGGGUAGAGGCAGCAGUGCUACCAGCGCCGGUGCUCUUGCACUGUACGUGCUCAUCUGA